AUGAAGACUCGUGGUUUGAAGGUUACUUUUAACGAUGAGGGUCGCCUUACCACUUUCAAACCUUCCGAUCCAUUUGAGUAUGAGAAAACAAAAGUGAGAAAAGUCUACGGUACAAAAAUUACACAGGCUUUACUAGCCUCUUUACAUGAUAUUAACUCAAAGAUCGCCACUUCAAAUACAGUAAACCUUGACACUCCUAAUUUAGCCUGUGUUAACUCUGAACAUACCGAUGUUCAGGAUGAUCCAAAACCACAAAAUUUACAAACCGACAAAUCACAUCUUAUAGAUGAGAAUUAUGUGAAAAUCAUAUCUGAUAAGAUAUGCGACUCUUGUUAUGAUAUGUACUCGCACUGUAAUCGGACUUUUAAGCGUAAGAUAUUUGAAAUUUGUUCUAACAUAAAACGUGAGAGUAAUUCUGAGCUUCGUGAGAAGAUUCUGACUAGGAAAAUGUCAAUUUCUCAACUGCUAACCACUGAAACUGUGGAACUUGCCCCUGAGGAUGUUCGUGAGAAACGCCGCCAAGAUAUCGAAAAACACUAUAUAAGGAACGUUAUAAUCAAGGAUUCAGACACUAUUAUACCUAACUCUCAAAAUUUUUUACCAGAUGAUUCACUUUCCAUUGACUCUUCUAUUAAUAAAAAACCUGUUUCGCCAGUUACUUCUCAAAGAAUUGAAAUCAAUAGUUUAAGUAAAUUAGGCACUGAAAAUGCAGAUCUAUCUAAGGACGAAAAUCCUGACAUAAUGGCAAGUUUGAAUAAGAUAAGUGAGCUGUACACCAUGAACAAGAAGACUAGAAUCAUAGAAGACGAUGACAUAAAGUUAUUGAUUCCACCAAAAUCUGACUUUUACAAGUUUGAAAACGUCUAUGAGAGGAUUUCUAAACGUUUAAACUCGCUUCCAACUAAUUUAUCCAGGCCAUUUUGGGACCCAUUCAACACUGCAACGAAGCGUGUUGAGCUUUUAAUGGAAAGAUCUUCAAUUUUGAAAAACACCUUCCAAUAA